CUGUUGAAUGAUGACUUCUUGCCGACGGUCCUAGCUUUCAUUGUGAUUCCAUUUAUGGAAGUUGCCAGCAUCUGUCCUCCUCAAGUAGACAUUCAUGUGUUCAACUGUUCCAGAAGUGGUCUGGCUGAUGUUCCCCGUCGGGCGCACAGCGAGACACUUACAGUGGACCUCUCACAAAACCAGCUGGCAAUCUUGCACGAGGACAGUUUUGCAGAAUACCACCGGCUUAGUAAACUGAUCCUGGACUACAAUCAGAUCUACAAGAUUACAGAUAGAGCAAUGAAUUCCCUCUCACUCACUUUGGAGUAUCUUUCAUUGAGAGGAAAUCGACUAUCCAAUCGCAUAUCAUCAGAUUUCGCCGUGAGUGCACUGCAUAAACUUCGAAACUUGCGUUUUCUCGACUUGUCGGAGAAUCCUCUGGGUGUGCUGGGCACAAACUGGUUGACUCCUCUGGGUGGAACACUGAGGACACUGGAUCUGUCAGGUUUAGUGGGUGAGACUGAAAUCCAGGAGGAAGCUUUCUUCGGACUUGGCCACUUGGAGGAACUUGACUUUUCAAAUAACGGCAUCCGCAGUCUGCCGGAGGACGCGUUUAAAGGAAUACGACGGGAAAAAUUGGCAAAGCUAAGCCUUAGAGACAAUCCUUGGCAUUGUGACUGUAAACUGCUCUGGCUACGUCAAUGGCUGGAUGACCUUCGAGAUCGUCCGCUCGCACAUGAACAAUUUGCAACUGGAACGUGUUCAUCGCCUGCUGAAUUUGACGACGCACCACUGAUAAGUCUACCCCUAAACAGGUUCCAGUGCCCCCCGAUGCUGCAGGCGAUGCAUUCCAGCGCGCCUUACUACUUCGCACAGCAAGGAACUACUGUUCAUGUCGUCCCGUCUGUAGGCGAUUCCAUCACCCUGAACUGCGCCUUUGUUAGCCAGCCGAAAAUGUUGGUUAAGUGGUUCAAGAAUGGCGUUCUCCUGCGGCCCGAAUUGAAGCGUUUCAGGCACACCGUCAGCAAAGGCACCAGAUUUGCCUCAGUUUUGACAAUUACUGCUUUGAAAGCACCUGGUGACAAUGGUAAUUACACCUGUAAGUCCAGUAACAAUCGCGGUUCAGCAAAAGGGGUGUUCCACGUAAAGAUCUUUGGAAAGGGAAAUUAUGAAGCAGAUAAGAAUUUCACUCCUUUUUCCCACAAUGUCGCGACGUUGCUUGUAACUCCUAGAUUCCUUGUAAUUUUAUUGGUUGUCGUUUGUCUGUGUGUGUUCUGUGGAGCGGGUUUCCUUAUUUUCUUAUUGCUGUUCCAAGUAAGGUAUAAGAAAAGAACAAGUCAGCAUUGUAAAAACAACCACCAAAUUGUCCCGGAACCAAUCAGAAAUAAGGCCUGCAAUGAAUCUCCAAGACUCCCGCCUCGUCCUCCAGAUAAAUCGACAUCGACUGUAGUGAAUCCUUCGGUGAAAUCGGAGGUACCCUGUCGCGACGACUCAUGCACGUUUGCGACUUCCUUUGAAGUCGAUGACGUAACAAAUAGUGACACGUGCAGACCAGUAGUGCGAACAUUCGCACCACUUUUGACCUACCGGGACGAUGAAAAGAGUGAUGGUGAAAGCGGUGACUUGUCGAUUGACGAAGAGAGCUUUGUGGAGGUGGACAAGGCUUGUCCGGUGCAUGGAAUUCAGGCAAAGAACCGGACCCUCUUCUGUCCGUUCCACUCGCAGCAGUCGGUGUUUUUUGGAAUGCAACCCUCAUCAGGCGCGUUCUCGUCAAAUGACGCUCUAGGCACGAGGAGACGCUGGAAUACUCUGGAAUCUGCCAGAAGGAACAGCGGAGUUUCCAUGCUGAACGGUAGUUUGCACCGAUGUAGAAUAAACUCGGCAACAGCUGACUUGAAUUGCAGCAAUGCACGCAGGUGA